ACAGAUGCUCGACCGGAUAAGUACAAGGACUACCCGAAAAAGGGCGGCUACGUGCCGGUGUACGUGCGCUACCCCAAUCAACCGUUGGGUUCGCUUAGUCCCGAACUGGCUGCAGCCUUUCAGGAGAGCGCAGGACGCAGCUCGCGUGGAAAACUCAUCCAAGAACUGAACCGGCCCGUACGAUUCUCGUCGGAAUCGAGCAGUGAUGAGGAGUUGCGGAAUGACAUAACCGCAAAACCGAAGGUUGACUCGAACAGCAGCGAAAGCCACUCGAACUCGAACGAGUCGAUCUCAUCCGAGAAGGAGGCGAAGGAAGCCAUUAAGGAGCUGCUAAAGCAGAUGCACAAGAUCAGCAAGGCUUCGUUGGCGAAAUCCAAGAAGGCUUAGAGAAACCAAACGCCAUAACGUUCUCUUUUUCUUUUUCGAAAGUUACACAAUCAACUCAUCAACUCAAAAUCAACUUUGAAACGCAUCCCAACGACAAAAUUCAAAUGAUACUCAGUACUACGUAACGCGACACUGCCAUUAUGUUUAGGACAACCUGGGGAGUGGGAGGGGUGAAAGCGACACUCGAUUGGGAGAAAAUUAAGAUGCAAUAAAGUA